CCGGGCCCUCCCCGAGGACACCUCGGUCACUGGAGGAUGAGACUGAAGGCUCGUGAAGAGAAGCGUAAAUGAAGUGCUUGUGGUAGUGGAGAAGAAUUAGAAACCGCCCGAAUGCAUCACUCGGGUUGGUUGAGAAACUGGAGUACUCCCAUGCCGCGGAAGCUUAUAGGUUCACUUACGAAGAUAACGUUGCUAGGUGAAAAAACGCGAAAUCCAAAAUGGUUUGCUCAUAAGAUCUCAUUUAUGUAAAACACACAUCAAGAGCUUGUAGAUUCUGAAGAUAACAAUUUUCAGUAAAAGCAUGGGAAAAAUAUGACACCGUCAUAUAUCAUAUUGUCAGUGAAUCGAAAACAUUGAUAUUUUAACACUUCCCUCCCGUUCUUUAAAUUAUGAUAUUCAUGCUAAUUAGACUUUUGAAAUAAAAGAGAAAAAUUCAGAUCACACUUAUGAGAGUAUGUGAAGUAGUAACCACAUAAAAUACAAAUACAUACCAUACAUUCAUAUAUAGUUGUUGAAUAAAUGAUGUUGGAUGGUGUCCAUGAGGCCUCUUAUACCACCUGUCCCUUAUGUGGAAUAAGAUGUUUCUGAAAUUUGUAAGCUUUUCUUUAACAAAGAUUUUUGUAUGUCUUGAGUGUUUGCUUUCAUGUAUGUAAGUGUACUACAUGUAUGCAGUGCUCAAGAAGGGCCAAUAGAGGCUGUCAGAUACCCCAGAACCGGAAUUACAAAUGGUUGGAUGCUGGAAAUCGAAUCUGGGGGUCUCUUCAAGACAAAGACAUACUCUUAAUCACUGAGCCAUCUUUCCAGCCCCAUAAAUUUGCAGGUGUGUCCUGAUGCCAGCCCAGCCCACACACAGAAUCCCUCUGGGAGACUGAGAGGCUCAGCUCUGGAGCCUCAAGUUAAGGCUGACCAGCCCUGAGCCUUAGGCUGGGCUGGGGCAUGGCAUCCUUCCAGGAGCUCCAAGACCCUGCUCCUGGGGAGGAAGAAGGACUUAUGAUUGUGAAGGUGGAAGACUGCUCCUGGGAACAGGAGCAUGCCCAACCAGUGAACAGCAGGGAGUCAGAAGCCUGCCGCCAGCGGUUCCGACAGUUCUGCUACAGGGAUGCGGGCGGACCACACGAAGCCUUCAGCCAGCUGUGGGAGCUCUGUUGCCGCUGGCUGCGGCCUGAGCUGAAUAGCAAGGAGCAGAUCCUGGAACUGCUGGUCCUGGAGCAGUUCCUGGCUGUGCUACCUGGGGAGAUCCAAGCCCGGGUGAGGACACAGCACCUUGGGAGCGGUGAGGAAGCUGUCGCUUUGGUGGAGGACAUACAGAAUCAGUCAUUGAAAACCUGGCCACAGGAUGAGCUCUCAGAGGUGGAGCCUAAGGCAGCAGUCCAGGAACUCCAAGCUACAGCAUCUCCCGAGAAGGCAGGAGUGCAGAAGCAGCUACGUGCAUCCCAAGAGCAGCACAGCCACGCCCAGCCCCCUGUUCUUAAAGAGAGACGGACAGGAGAGAUGUUGGAUGUCUGCUUUGCCUCUGAAGUUGAUCUACCUGGGAGACCUGAGCUGGGUCAUAUCUCCCCAUUUCAAAAAUCUGUGGCAUUGGGAGACAUCCCUUUCUAUUUUUCCCGAGAAGAAUGGAGCUCCCUGGACCCUGCUCAGAGAAACCUCUUCUGGGAUAUCAAGAGAGAAAACUCCCGGGAUGCUGCCCUCGGUUUGGGACCCAAAAGCCAAAAGCCCCCUGCAGAGGAGACAGUGACAGCAUUGUUGGGACAGAACGAAGUGCCUAUGUCUUGGAAGCCCGAGGAGGCCAAGACCGAGGUCUGGGAGAGUGAGAACCCAAGGAGGACAGCCCCGGACAAGCCGGUGGUAGCACGUCGGGGGCGGCCGCCCACUCGCAGGCGCCAGUUUCGGAACUUAGUGACGGAGAAGCCCCACAGCUGCGCACAGUGUGGGAAGCGCUUCCGCUGGGGUUCAGACUUAGCCAGGCACCAGCGCACACACACGGGGGAAAAGCCACACAAGUGCCCUGAAUGCGACAAGAGCUUCCGCAGCUCUUCUGACCUGGUGCGCCACCAGGGCGUGCACACGGGUGAGAAGCCCUUCUCCUGUUCUGAGUGUGGCAAGAGCUUCAGCCGCAGCGCCUACCUGGCUGACCACCAGCGCAUCCACACAGGCGAGAAGCCCUUCAGCUGCACUGAGUGCGGCAAGAGCUUCUCCCUGCGCUCCUACCUGCUAGACCACAGGCGUGUGCACACGGGCGAGCGGCCAUUUGGCUGUGGCGAGUGUGACAAGAGCUUCAAGCAGCGUGCACACCUCAUUGCGCACCAGAGCCUGCACGCCAAGAUGGCUCAACCGGUGGGGUGAGCCAAUGGUGUGACCUGAGCAGCCCUCCCCCGCACCCUCCCCCACUUCCUGUGACUCUCACAGAGUUUCUUCUUCCCCCUGGGGAAUUCUCCACUCACCUGUGACCACUGCCAGCCUGUCAGAGGGACACAAGGCCCCCUUACUCUGACCUGGCCUGCCGGCCCCCAGGAUCCGGCCACCAUGUCUCUCCUGGUCUGGAUUUCUCAUGCACUUGUCUCCUGGAGUGGCACAGUUUCCAGCCGAGGCUCAGGUGGUCUGAGGGCUCAGGCAGGACCUAAGGUUUCUCCCCAGAGCCCUCCAGCCCUGCUUGGGCAAACGUUCUUUGUUUCCUCCUUUCUUAUGUGGCCCCAGCAGCCUGGCUAAGCCUCUGCCCUUUCUAUUUGUGCCUUCCAGUGGGGACUGGCCUCCUCCUCGGGGCUGCUGGGUUUGGCCUUGGGAAGGGCUGUGGGCCUACACCAGUGGGGAUUUAGGUCCUGGGUUCCACCCCAGCAGUUUCUUAGCCUUCACUGUUCCAACAUCCUCCACACUUCCAACCUGUGACCACUGUCACGCCCUGACCCCAGGAGCUGCCCAGUUGUCCUGCUCUGAGCCCCGAGAUACACUGCAGGUCUGGAGGUUGGGGAGGUGGUGGUUCUAGCAGGCUGACUAGAGAACACCCAGCCCUCCAGACGCGUGACUUUGGUUGUACUUAACACUAGUACUCCAUCAGCACUUCGUAGCUGACUCCUCACGCACUGUAUUUCCAUGUUUUUAAUCUGCAUUGUGUGCAGAUUCACAUUACCAGGAACAGACCAGUGGGCUUCAGAAGAGUUUGAAUAAACAUGGAAAACUCC